AUGUUUUUGUGCAGGCUGUUUAGGAAAACGGUGGUGUUGGUGACAGUAGUCGUAGUGUUGCUAAUCAUAGCAUCCGUGUUGUUAAUCCUUCAUUUCGUUCAUAACUCGAGUUCAAAUGACAAUUUCCCCUUUGGAAUUGGAAUAUAUACAUACGAAGUGGUGUUGAAGUAUAGCCACAUUCACGACCCUGCAGUUGGAAAACAAUUAAAUGUUGGAUCUAAUGUGAUUCCAAUAAAUAGAGCACAUUCACCAUUCACACAAGGAUUAUUUUUUAUAGAUAAUGACACACUAAUGGAAUCAUCAGGCUUAUAUGGAGCUAGCUAUAUUAGAGAAUUUUCUCUUUCUUCAGGAGAAACAAAAAGAUUUAGCAAUUUAAAAAGUAACCUCUUUGCAGAAGGUUUGGCAAUUGUCGUGGAGCCAAUGACAUAUAAGAAGUUCAUCCUUACCUUAACGUACAAGGAAAAAAUUAUUCUCGUUUUUGAUUAUGACACUAUGGAAUUGUAUCACACAUUCGAGCAUGAGUUGGAUGGAUAUGGACUGACGUCCAACAUCGACCUCCUACAAUCUGUUGAUGAUUUGAAGGAAGAAAAUUUUGCUCGUCAUCAGAAGCUAUGGACAACUACAGGGGAUAAUUAUUUAUACGAAAUUGAGAUUCCUCAUGAGUUUUUAAAAACUAAAAAAUUGUCUAUAUCUGGGAAAACCGAAAUUACUUGUGCAGGCUAUUCGAUUUAUCAUGUGAACGAGUUGGAGUACCAUGUGCAGGCGAAGACACUCUAUGCCAAUAUUUUCCUCACCAAGCUGAUCCUCGAGAUCGACAUUUCCAAAGGCACGUGCCUCAAGAUCAUUAACUUGUCCGGCCUCGUCGAGCAGUGCGACAAUUACCAGGAAGGCAAGAAGAACCAGGAGUCCGUGCUUAACGGAAUAGCCAUCGACCCUCAUAACAACAAGGUGGACCUCCCCAAUCUGCUCGUCACGGGCAAGUUAUGGCCCAACAUGUUCCAAAUCAGGCUCGUCAAAAGUAUUGGCAAGUUGGAGGCCGCCACGGUACUCAGCGAGUACUUCAAGUCGAUUGGGAAGAAAGUAUCGUGA